AUGGAAGCAGCUUUCAAGGUUUAUGAUCGGAUGCAUGAUUUUUGUGAGCCCAAUGUUGAUACGUUUAAUGCUCUUCUGAAUGCACUGGUGCAAAACAAUAGUUUUGAAACAGCUAUUUCGUUCUUUAAUAAAUUGGUCUGUGCCAAAGUUCCUGUCUCUGUUACGACUUUCAAUAUUGCCAUGAAUGAACUUUGCAAGGUUCAUAGGGUAGAGGAUGUUGUUGAGCUCUUGAGCCAAAUGCCUGAACAUCGUUACCUGCCCGAUACAUAUACUUACAAUACGCCAAUAAGAGGAUUUUGUGACAAAGGAAAUACCGAAGAAGCAGUUGAGUUACUCGUCGAGAUGACAAGUAAGAAAAUUAAUCCCACUGUUAGAACUUUGAAUACUUUGGUUCAUGGCUUUUGCAAGGCAGGAGAUCCCAAGAGAGCUUUGGAAAUAUGCAAUGAGUUUUUGACCACAGGUUCAUUUGCCAACGUUGUUACCUACACUUUGCUGAUAUGGGGCAUGGCCAAAGAGGGAUACAUUGACCAAGCUGUAGAAAUUCUAUGCCAGAUGCCAGACAGGGGUUGCUCUCCAAAUGUGUUCUCGUAUUGCUCUCUCAUGGCCGGUUCCUACAAAUAUGGAAGGUUUUCUGAUGUUCAGAAUAUUUUCGAUGAAAUGAUGCAAACAUUCAGUUUCCCGGGGGUGAUCCCCUUCAAUAUAUUGAUGAAUAGCCUUUGUAAGGAAGGGAAGUUGGAAGAAGCAUCUAGGGUUUUGGAUAGAAUGGAUGACAAGGGAGUUCGUCCUAAUGCUAUUACUUAUACAACAUUAAUUAGUGGAUACUGCAAAUCGGGUAAUAUAGAUAAGGCUAUGGAAUAUGCCGAGAAGAUUUUAAGCGAGAUGCUUAGGAGUGACUGCACACCUGAUCUUGUAACAUACAACGUCUUCAUAUAUGGUAUGUGUAAAGAAGGGAAACUUCAGAAAAAUGCCAAGGUGGUAGAUGAGAUGUUGGACAAUGGUUUCCCUCCUGACGUUUUUACGUACAACACUGUGAUUCAUGCUUUGUGCAAGGGAGGCAAUAUGGACGAGUUAUCGUUACCUGUGGUGGUUGUGGGAAGGGAUAAUUUUUGUGUCCAAGAAUGUUGCUCUAUGGUGAUUCCUUCAUCCUGUGGUAUCUUGCGACUGCAAAUGGUAGCAACGACUGCGACUUGGAAAAUAUUUCCGUUAGUUUGUAACUUCAACGCAAGAGCAAAGCCGCAAAACCCAAAAGCAAAGUCACAAAACCCAGCUCUGCAUUUGGCCUCAAUUCUGGAGAAAGCAGCAUCCUUUAAACGAAGCCAAGCAGCGAGACCAAAUCACAGGAGCACCCACAAGUCACAAGUCAAUUGGCAAAGGUAUGAAGAAGCAGAAAACAUGCUCAAUGAGAUGACGGCAAAGGAUUUCCGAUGCAAAGAGCCGAGAGUGUUCAAUAGCUUAAUCAGGAGCUUUAGCGAGGCAUCAAUGAUGGAAGCAGCUUUCAAGGUUUAUGAUCGGAUGCAUGAUUUUUGUGAGCCCAAUGUUGAUACGUUUAAUGCUCUUAUGAAUGCACUGGUGCAAAACAAUAGUUUUGAAACAACUAUUUCGUUCUUUAAUAAAUUGGUCUGUGCCAAAGUUCCUGUCUCUGUUACGACUUUCAAUACUGCCAUGAAUGCACUUUGCAAGGCUCACAGGGUAGAGGAUGCUGUUGAGCUCUUGAGGCAAAUGCCUGAACAUCGUUACCUGCCCGAUACAUAUACUUACAAUACGCCAAUAAGAGGAUUUUGUGACAAAAGAAAUACCGAAGAAGCAGUUGAGUUACUCGUCGAGAUGACAAGUAAGAAAAUUAAUCCCACUGUUAGAACUUUGAAUACUUUGGUUCAUGGCUUUUUUAAGGCAGGAGAUCCCAAGAGAGCUUUGGAAAUAUGCAAUGAGUUUUUGACCACGGGUUCACUUGCCAACGUUGUUGCCUUGAUGUUCAGAAUAUUUUCGAUGAAAUGA